UAUUAUGCUAAACUGAGUGGGAGCGAGUAUCUUUUGAGCUUCCGAUCGAAUAUAUAAAUAUUGUGUUCUUAGAGAUCUUCAUCAGUUCGUUUCGAUCUUUUUUAUUCAGUACAGUCUUGUGAAGGAAUAUCUAUUCAAACAUGAAAGUUUUAGCUUUGAGUGUCUUGCUAUGCGCAGUAAUAGCAAAUGCUGAGGAAGCAGUACCACAAAGCUUGGAACUUGCAGUGGAAUCAUCGUCGCCAUCUACACUGAAGAAACAGGAAAAACGUGGAGUGUAUGCCGGAGGAUAUCCAACUGGAGCUGGUUAUGGAUACGAACAGCCACUAGGAUACUAUGGGGCUGCAUCCGCAUAUAAUAAUCCAGCGUAUAACCCAGCUAUUGGAUACAAUGGCGGAGCCGGAUAUUAUGGAGGAUAUAAUGCAGGUUUAGGUUAUAACGGCGUAGGAUAUAACGCAGGUUUGGGAUACAAUCCGGCUGUAGGAUACAGUGGAGGUGCUUUGCCUUAUAAUCCAGCCUAUGGUGGAUACAGUGGUUAUUCAGGAUAUCCUAGUAAUCGCGUUAUUGGACUUGGCUAUAACACUGGCUACAAUGGAUACUCUGGAGCCGGAUACAGUGGAUACUCCCGCUUCGGUGGAAGCUACCCAUACACUUACAACCGAUACAAUACUUACAGCAACUAUCCAGUGAAUGGCUAUGCUGGUGUGGGCGCAGGAGCAGGAUACUCAUAUGGGCCAGGAGUAUCUGGAAGCGUUUACUAGAAUUAAGGACAGCAUGCGGGGUUGCUUGACCGACAUUUCAUGUUUUGUACUAAGAAUCCAUUUUCUGCCAAUCGUUUCAUUGAAACUGUGCCAAUUUAAAUUAUAAAUUUAUUUUCAAAAUAAAUUAAAAAUUUUGUGUUGAUUGA